AUACAGCUCCUCCACUUUCGGAGUACUUUGAUGAGAUCUAAUAUCAUUUUCUCAGGCAUAAGAAUAAAACUAUAGAACAAUAUUCUCUUUCCGAUUGGCCCAGGAAUGGGAGCAACGUCCAAAAUGCGUACCGGAAUGUUUGUUAUUCCAUCUUGUGACAUUCCUGUGAACAAGAUACUUAUGGGAACAAGAUGAAGAGCGACAAGUGGCAAAAUACAUUUUGAAGAAUGUAAGAUGGUUGAAGAAAGCAACUUUCUAUACAGAACCGGAAGAUGUACGUCGAAUCCUUGGAAGAGAAACCUGAGAUGCUAAACGAGUUGGCUAGUGUAGUUAGAGCUUCAAAUUCAUGUCACCUCGUCUUUGAAUCAUCCAACUAAUCUCUUUAACUUUUUUUUUACUACUAUGCUCUUGUUGAGUCAUUGAGAAAUGUGAAACUCGAUAAAUUUAGCUAAGUACGGAUGGUAAUACUAAAUCUUGAUGACAUUUGGGGGAAGGGACUGAUGAAUAUUAUAAAUGGCACCAAUAUGAAACUUGGCAUCAUCACUGACUAACCAUAUCGCUGAUUCAGUCAAAGAUAUAAUAAAUUUGUAAGUUUUGCCAGAAGAAUUGUAUACCUUGUAGCUUUCAGCUUUCACCCAAUGCAUUCUCAAACACAAAUUAUUUACGGAUGUCUCAUACAGCGCCGUUUGAAAAUUGGUUCUAUUUCUUGUGUUACAAGGUAUCUCCCUACGCCUUCAAUGCAAAAUGGGCUCUCACUCAAAGAUGCAACUGCGAACUGCCCCGAGAUUAUUUAAAUGGCUUGUGGUACAAGCUACGUACGGUAUAUAACAUCUGGGCAGAACGUAACCGAAGACUCCAUGACGGCGAAAGUACAACUCCACCUUCAAUAUACGCUCUAGUCAGUUGAAAAUAUGAUAACUGGUUAGAUCAAACGAAUUAAAAAUUGAACUGGAGUUUCGAAUAAUCAAGGUAGAGUUUUAGAGUUGAACCUUAAAACAAUCACACCAAAUAUUAUUUUUAUUAAUAACUAAACAACAUGUUGUUUUCGUUUUACAAUCUUUUUUCUCAGUAUAGCUUCUGCACUCACCGAAAUCAAACGUUAUAAAUUUUUUGAAAAGUAAAACUCUAAUCUGGAAUCAUAUGGCGUUUCUGAAAGUUGAUUUGUAACAAAAAAAAAAAAAAACAAUGAACAAUCAGUCAUUUAGUAAGAAGAAAAAACGCUACACGUCAGCAAUCCGCGUACUACACAGUUAACGAGAAGUAUGAAGAAAGGGCAAAUCGGUAAAAGCCUAGAACAAGGAAUCAGGGUAAGACACUUGUCAUUAACUAAGUGGCUGAUUCAAAAGAGUUUGUUAGAAGUGGCAAAUCCGUCAUUUUACACACUCUUGAACUUUAUUCCUUCUCUCUCAAGUCUCAACACGCUCUCUCUCCCUCUCAAACUCAAACUCUCUCACCACCACCAGAGAUCAAAUCUUCUGCAAUUUCGGUUCCCGUUAUCGUUUCUCGAGAAAUCUUCACUUUCGAUAGUUCGUCAACCGAGAAAUCAGAGCAGAGAGCGAUUCACAGGUUCGAUUACUUGAUCACGACGAGUCUUGUUUCGAUUGUUCAAAACAAGAUGAGUAUAAUAUGUGUUUAUCGAUUGUAAUAUGAGUAUCGAUUGUAUAAUAUGUGUAUAACAAGAUCACGAGAAAUCUAUGUUGAAAGAUGAUUCUGAUUUUGUUUAGGUUUCGUGCUUGGAUUGGCUGAUCAUUCUGUUCCUUCAUCACUCCCAAGUUCACGAACGCAGGAUCAAGGAUGGCUGAUGGUGUUCGUUUUCGUGGGUUAACAGAUCCUCUGUUCAAAGAUCCUCGGUACAAAAGGUUUUUUUGACUUACUGAUCGAAUUGGACCUUAACUAUCGAUGUGUUGUUGAAAAGUACAAUCAGGAGAAGGAGAAGGCAGCAAACAAUAUAUCAACUCAAAAACAAACUCUAUACCCCGAGAUGGAAGAAGAUGAUGUUGUCCCUGCAAGGUUCAGAGCCUUUUUGCACGAAAUUAACGAGUCUUAUGGAGCUGUUUAUCAAAAUUACAAAGAGGAACAGGCCAAGAACAUCAGCAAAGGAAAGCAGCAAAGAUCUUAUGCAGAGGUUGUUAUGUGUCCAGCUGCAGCUAAGGUGGUCGCAGGAAGUGGUAUAGUUGCAGCUCCUCCUCCUCAGCAGAAAACAGCUGUCUUGUCUGGUCCUCAUCAAGCAGCUCAUGCCCCAGCUAAAGUGGUCACAGGAAGUGGUAUAGUUGCAGCUCCUCCUCCUCAGCAGAAAACAGCUGUCUUGUCUGGUCCUCAUCAAGCAGUUCAUGCCCCAGCUAAAGUGGUCACAGGAAGCGGUAUAGUUGCAGCUCCUCCUCCUCAGCAGAAAACAGCCGUCUUGUCUGGUCCUCAUCAAGCAGCUCAUGCCCCAGCUAAGAGAGUUCUUCCUCAGCAGCAGCAAAGAGCUGUCUCAUCUGGUAGCAAAGGAUUCAAGACGGAACCUAGGAGACCACAUCAGGUUACAGCUCCUCGUGCCCCAGCUAAGGGAGGUCUUCCUCAGCAGCAGCAAAGAGCCGGCUUGUCUGGUAGCAAAGGAUCCAAGACGGAACCUAGGAGACCACCUCAGGUUACAGCUCCUCGUGCCCCAGAUAAGAAGGCUGCCGAGCAAACAUCAUCGAGCCUUUCUGGAUUGGACAAGAAAGUUAGUGGAGCACAAAAGGAGGCACCUUGCCCAUCAAAGAGCGAUGCCAUCUCUAGUCCUCAGCACGGGCACAGUGGGAAUGAACGUUCUGGUCCCUCUGAUGGUGAGUUGAUGAAAAAAAGGGGUAAGGAGAAGGUUGUGGAUGAUGAAGAAGAGCCUCCUCCAUCUGGACUACUUGAAGUCUCAAAGCAAGCAUCUGAUGGUUCUUCUGAAGCUGAAGCAGAGAUUGUCAACGAGUUGAUGAGAAAAAAGGGUAAGGGGAAGGUUGUGGAUGAUGAAGAAGAGCAUCCUCCAUCUGGACUACUUGAAGUCUCAAAGCAAGCAUCUGAUGGUCCUCACCGCAGUGAAGAAGCUCCUUCUGAAGUUGAAGCUAGUUCACCAGCAAAGGCCGAGCUCAAGAGAGAGCCAAAGGAACUGCAUUCCUCUCUUGAACUGGUCACAUGCGAUUUGAGCUCAGAUGAUAUGUGUGCACAGGUUCAGACACUACUCAAAGAAAACUUCUCGGACACUGCAACCUUUUGAUUUAUCCAAAGAUUAUCUGAGGUGGGCCUUGCAGCCAUGGGGUUAUAAGAAGGAAUGGCAUAUGGGAAUCUGUUCCAAGCGCAACAAGAAGCUGCUUGGCUUUAUCAGUGGUGUCCCUAUCAAAAUCCAAAUAGGUGAGGAUGUGGUUGAAGCGGCAGAUUUAAAUUUUCUCUGUGUUCAGAAGGGUUUCAAGAAGUUCAGCUUUGGUUCUUUGGGUUCAUUCAUGAUCGAUGAGAUGAGAAGAAGGGUUGACCUGGAGGGUGUUAGCAAAGCUGUUUAUCUCACAGUUUCAGAGCGCUCUACACCAAGCAUCACCUGCCAACCAUGGUACAGGGCAUUGAAGGAAGAAAAACAACCACUACCUGCAGCAACAACACAAACACCUGGCUUAAGACCAAUGUUACCAUGUGAUGUCCCUGCUGUUACAAAACUUAUAAGAAGCUACCUUAGACAGUUUAGGGUUUCAUCUUACCUUGAAGAAGCAGACGUCACCCAUUGGCUUCUGCCACGGGAUAAGGUUGUGUACUCUUACGUCGUGGUCAACCCUUCCACUGAGUUUGUGACUGACUUCUUCAGUUUCUACGCUAGGAAAAAUUCUGAUUUGAAUGUAGCAUUCUCCUUUUAUCAUGUUGCUAGAGACACCUCCACCAAGACUCUCAUGAGCGAUGCCUUAGUAGUGGCAAAGGAAAGUGGAUUUGACUUCUUC